AUGACGACGCAAGAACCAACAUCAGAACACACAAGUUCUGAAAUCGGCAUCAAACUGGCAUUGGAUCCGAACUUAAUUACAUUGGCACUAAGUUCCAACCCAAAUUCUAAUCUUCAUUCACCAACGUCUGAUGAACCCAUACCUGAAUCUGCAGGAAAGGUGGAUGUUGAUGCUCAAUUAGAGGGUGACGAAGUAGAGAAUAAGACCAAGAAAGAUAAUGAUAAAAGACUGAAAUUUUUGAAAAGUAAAGAUUCAUUGGUAAGCAAUCCUCACGAAAUUUACGGUUCUAUGCCAUUAGAGCAAUUGAUCCCAAUCAUCCUAAGACAGCGUGGCCCAGGAUUCAAGUUCGUUGAUAUGAAUGAAAAAGAAUUAGAGAAUGAGAUCAAUCAGCGCGACGAUAACGAUAACGAUAUCUGCAGCAACGAGAAAGAGGACACCGAUGCUGUCAAGGAAGAUGCACAAGUUGAAGAAGAUUUCAUGGAAGUCGAUUAUGAAGAUAAAAAUGAUGUGGCGAAUCCACAAAAUGAAACAGAGCACAAAACUAAUGAAAGUAGUGAGACAGACGAAAAUGUAGCGACGGUAAUGACGCAGGAGCAGUUUGUAAAGAGAAGGAGAGAUAUGGUAGAACACAUCAAUUUAGCUAUGAAUGAAUCGUCCCUGGCUUUGGAAUUUGUUUCCUUAUUGCUAUCAGGUGUUAAAGAAUCUACAGGUAUGUCGUCAAUGUCACCAUUUCUUAGAAAGGUUGUUAAACCUUCCAGUUUAAAUAGUGAUAAAAUCCCAUAUGAAGCACCUACAAAAAAAGAAUACAUUGAAUUGGAUAUAUUGAAUAAAGGCUGGAAGUUACAAAGUUUGAACGAAUCCAAAGACUUAUUACGUGGAAGCUUCAACAAACUGAGCUACAUUCUGCAAAACGAACACGAUUACUGGAAUAAAAUAAUGCAAAACAUUAGUAACAAGGACGUCAUUUUCAAAAUUAGAGAUAGAUCAAGUGGUCAAAAGCUGCUGGCAAUCAAAUACGGUUACGAAGAUUCUGGAUCUACGUAUAGACAUGAUAGAGGUAUUGCUAAUAUAAAAAACAACAUUGAAUCGCAAAAUUUGGAUUUGAUACCUCACAGCAGUUCGGUAGUCAAAGGUACCGAUUUUCUACAUUCAGUGAAGAAAUUCCUCAGGGUACGAAUCUUCACAAAGAUUGAAUCAGAAGAUGAUUACAUAUUGAGUGGUGAAAGUGUGAUGGAUGGGGAGGGGAAAAAUGGAGAACCCGAAAUAAAGGAUAUUAGAAAACAGAUACAAGUUUUGAAGAAAAUCAUUUUCGAAAAGGAACUGAUGUAUCAAGUGAAGAAGGAGUGCGCACUAUUGAUUUCAUAUGGUGUCAGUAUUGAAAAUGAAAAUAAAGUGAUAAUCGAAUUACCCAACGAAAAGUUUGAAAUCGAGUUGCUGUCACUUGACGAUGACUCCAUAGUUAAUCAUGAACAAGAUUUACCAAAAAUCAACGACAAGAGGGCCAAUUUAAUGCUUGUUAUGCUAAGAUUAUUACUGGUGGUCAUUUUCAAGAAGGCAUUGAGGUCUAGAAUAAGCUCGCCCCACAGAGUAACCAACUUGAAGGUGGACGAUGAUAUCCUAUUAAUUCGUCCCAUACUUGGCAAAGUUCGGUUCGCCAAUUACAAGCUGUUACUGAAAAAAAUCAUAAAGGAUUACGUGCUGGAUAUCAUUCCUGGUUCAACUAUAGUGGAGAAAGAAGUCAAGAGGGAAGAAUCUCACGAAAAUGAAAACAUCGAGGAUGAAAACAUAACGAGAUUGAAUAAGGAGAUUCGUGCCUUCGACAAAUUGUUAAAUGUGCCUAAACGCGAACUUGAGAUAAAGCUACCGUUAUCAAUGCAUAAUUGCCCUUGUUUGAGUCUAAUGCUUGAGAGCCCCAACUAUUGUAAUGCCCUGAUUCACAUCAAGUUUGAAGACAAUGCAGGAGCUAACGCGGUAGCCUUCAACACGACAUUCUCAGACUUCAAGGAGGUGGAGGACUUCCUGCAUUUUAUUGUCGCCGAAUUCAUCCAGCAGAAGAACGUAUAA